AUGCAGUCUGUACGCGUCGCGGCCCGCGCCGCUAUUCGAGCAGGCGCUCGUCGCGCCCCUCAAGCCCCUCGAGCCCCUCAAGCACUUCCACAGGCCCGAAUGCCCCUAGUCUCCUCACGAGCCGCCUCAUCUACGGCUCGAUCAUUCGACUCGACCACCCGAGCCGCCGUUAUCCAGGUCCUGAACAGCGUUGGCUCCAAGCGGGAGGUUCAGCAAUACCUCUCGCACUUCUCCAGCGUCUCCUCGCAACAGUUUGCCGUCAUCAAGGUUGGGGGUGCUAUAUUGACCGAGCACUUGGAUGAGCUAUGCUCCUCGCUGUCAUUCCUAUACCACGUCGGGCUGUACCCCAUCAUAGUUCACGGAGCUGGUCCGCAACUCAACAAGCUCCUCGAAGAUGCUGGUGUUGAGCCCGAAUUCGAGGAAGGGAUCCGUAUCACAGAUGGAAAGACACUAGGCAUCGCGAGGCGGCUAUUUCUAGCUGAAAACCAGAAGCUCAUCCAGCGUCUGGAAGAGAUGGGCGUUCGAGCCCAACCUAUUCACAACGCUCUUACUGCAGACUAUCUCGACAAGGACAAGUGGAAGUUCGUGGGCAAGAUCACCGAGGUCAACAAGGAGCCUAUUCAGACGGCUAUCAAGUAUGGCUACCUGCCAAUUCUCACAUCCAUGGCUACGACAACAGAAGGCCAGGUGCUGAACGUCAACGCCGACGUGGCGGCUGGUGAACUUGCUCGCAAGUUGGAGCCCCUGAAGGUUGUAUAUCUUAGCGAGAAGGGCGGUCUGUUCAAUGGCGAGGGAGAGAAGAUUUCAGCCAUCAACCUGGACGAGGAGUUCGACCAUCUCAUGACUCAGAAGUGGUGUAGAUACGGAACCCGCCUGAAGAUCCGAGAGAUCAAGGAGUUGUUGGACACCCUGCCUCGGUCUUCCAGCGUCGCUAUCAUCCAUCCUGGCGAUCUGCAAAAGGAGCUCUUCACCGAUUCCGGAGCUGGAACCCUCAUCCGCCGGGGAGAUAAGCUGCUGACUGCAACGAGUGUCUCUGAUUUCACAGAUAUGGGCAAGCUCAAGGAUGUCCUUGUCCGGGAUCGGGAAGUCCGAGAUGCUAGGGCAACGGUAGACCGCUAUCUUGAAUUCUUGGGACAGCGCAAGUUCAAGGCCUUCUAUGACGAGCCCAUGAAGGCUUUGGCUGUGGUGCUCGAUCCUGCCCCUGACCAGUCCUACUCAACUCUGGCCACCCUGACCAUCACAAAGGCUGGCUGGUUGACGAACGUGGCUGACAACCUCUUUGCUGCGAUCAAGAAGGAAUUUCCCAGCUUGGUAUGGACUGUCAAGUCUGAUGAUGAGAAUCUCACGUGGUUCUUUGACAAGGCAGACGGUAGCAUUGUCAGAGGCAACGAUGUCAUGUUCUGGUACGGCAUCGAGCCUGGCGAGGAACUGAACAAACUCAUGAAGGAGUUCACAUUGCAAGGCAGAGCAAUGCUCGGGGACACCAACCUCGAGUCUCGUCUUCACCGUGCUGCUCAGGUUGCAUCUGAGAAUCUGCGCACACAUUUCGCCUCCGGUUCUGUGGCCAACAAAGCCCGCGGCUGA